CAGUGACUCGGUGACCAACGCUGAGCACCGACAACCUCCGAUUAGCAGGACGCUCAGCUGCUACGUACGGUGGAGCGAAAGCAAAUUCAACUUACCAUGUCCAUCUCGGCACUGCCGCUGCUGUUGCUGCUGCUGGGGGUGGUGGUGGUGGGAGCCCAGCAGGAGAGGACCGUCUGCGCGGGCAUCAACGGGAUCCCCGGUCAGCCCGGAGCCCCGGGGCAGCACGGGACCCCUGGGGCCCCCGGGAGGGACGGCAGAGACGGUGUUACCGGAGCACCCGGAGCCAAGGGAGACCUCGGGGCUCGAGGCUUGACUGGGGACCCAGGUCUGCCGGGAAAGCUGGGCCCUCUUGGCCAACCAGGGCUCGCGGGGACUCCGGGAGUCCCAGGUGAGCAGGGCGAAAGAGGCGAGAAAGGCGAGCGGGGAGAGAGCGACGUGGGUCCCAGGUCGGCCUUCUCUGCGAAGGUGGACGCUUACAAGCCGGCGGCCGGCUCCCCCGUGACGUUCAACGUCAUCAUCACCAACCCGCAGGGCCACUACAACCCCGGCACGGGGAAGUUCACCUGCGCCCACCCAGGCGUCUACUAUUUCACGCUGUACGCGCAUCCCAGUGAACAGCACCUCGUGAUUAUGUUUAUGAAAAACGGGAAGGUCAUCUCUAAGGUGUGCGGUGAGAAAUACAACGCAAUAAGUGGCAGCGUCGUGCUGAGUCUCAAAGCCGGGGAUGAGGUGUGGCUGGAGUUGGAGGCUCCGUACAUUCAUUUUUACUUCAACGUGCACAGAGACUCGGUGUUCAGCGGCUAUAUCCUGUACCCCGAGUGAAUCGUUUUUGUUUCCAUCUGUGCGUCUGGGAAGACAGAUUGGGAACACAUUAACACACACGCAUGAACCCCUCCCCCCAUGUUAAACAAAGCUUUUGGGCAACAUCUCAGAAAAAUACCCAGCAAAAAUCUUCAAAUAUGCUCGGCUUGCCCAAUGCUGUGGUAAUGACUGCAAAUUUUCUGUCCGUCUGCUACAGUAGAGGUAUAGGGAAUUUCAACAAGACCUACAUCUCUGCUUUAUUGACCUAGUCAAGGCCUAUAAUACCAUCAGUAGGCCUGGGCUCUGGGUGUUUCUUCGUUCUUUCAGAGUCCCUGACCCGCUGCUCACAAUCAUUAAAGACCUUCAUAAUGAAAUAAUGAAGAACGGGCUCAGGUAAAACUAUGUGGCUGGGAGUUAGAGCCAUUCCUUGUACACCUUGGGGUGCGACAAGGAUGUCCUCUGGCUCCCACAUUAUUUAACAUCUAUUUUGACCACGUAGUUCGUGAAGCCUAAAAUAGCUGUAGUGGAGGAAUUUCCAUUUGGUACAGAUACAAUGGGAGGCUGAUCGAUGCCCGGGUGCGGUCAAGGAAUGGCUCCCUAUUGGUCAACCACAUUAUGUAUUCUGAUGAUUUGGUAAUUGCUGCUCAUUCAGAGGAGGAGUUGGAGACACUGCUGCUGAAACUAGAGCGUGCCACUAAGAGGUGGGGCUUUACCAUAAGCACCUGCCUGGGUAUUUUGUACCAUCGGACAUUCCACCCCCACAACUCCCAAUCAGUGAUGGGGUAGUUGUGGAGAGAGUUUCCCAUACUUGGGCUGUGUGCUCAUGACCGGCACCGGUUUAACAGCAGAGGUCUCACUCAGAAUUAGUCGAGUGGCACUAUCUUUUAAUCGGUUGCGCAACGCUGUGUGGAAGCUACCUGGUCUGUCGCUACGCAUGAAGCUUCAGGUCUUCUCGGCCACGGUCAUUCCCUCCCUUCUCUACGCUAGCGAAACGAAGAUGAAACAUCAGUAGAGGGAUGCAGGCAAGGCCGAUGAAUCAGAUGCCUUUUAUGACCUCCUGUCACAGGUGCUAGCUAAAGUGGCCCCUCGAGAUAGAGUCAUCUUGUUGGGUGGCUUUGAGUCCCGAGUUGGUCAUGAUGUAAGCACCUGGUCUGGAGUGAUUGAAAGGCAUCGGACAGAUCAACUCAAUAAUAACGGUAGGAGGCUGCUACAUUUUUGUGCAGCCCAUGGGCUUGUAAUCACCAACACGCUGUUCCGGCAUUGGUGCAUCCGCACAACAUCAUGGAUGCAUGCUGGGUCCAAGCAAGAACAUCUACUGGAGUACAUCAUGAUGGAAAAGUUGAUACGCGCCCAUGUCUUUGACACCAGGUCCUACAGUAAGGCUGAUGUACCCACUGAUCAUCGGCUUAUCAUUUCUAAGAUACGUAUGACAUUCUUCCACUCCGGCAGUGGGUGUACAUCCAGGAAACUAUUCGAACAAACAGCGGCCUAAUCUCAGCUAGCUAAUGAAAGUUGCUAGUGAGAAUUUCAUGAUCACUUGGACGACUUCCAUGGCGAGACGACAUUUGAUUCCCACGGACAGCCACCAAACUCCCUCUCUCGCCCCCUUUCAUCCUCCAGCGGGAUCUGGCCACGCCCAGGCCACGCCCCCCUUCUCAAACCUUCUAGCUGGUUCUGGGAGCUCAAAGAUGGAUCCUUUCUAUGACCUUUGGCCCAGUUCUUAUUCCUUCCAUGACCCUUGCCCCAGUUCUUCCCCUUGGGUGGAUACACCCGUAAUUGCUACUUAUAGUCGCCAGUCGGCGCUGCGACACUAAACAUGCUUGGACACUGUUAUUGUUCUGAUGAUAAUAAUGUUUGGAUGUUAGCGGAAGUUGAGAUCAAAGUUACUUAGAUUAAAAAC